AUGGACAAGGCCAAGAAAAGCACAAGGGAAAGGAUUCUUGGGGCCAUGGCUAAGGGUGUGAGGGGACUUGUCCUUCGACUUGGCUCGCACACUUUAUAUACCACAGUCUCAAGAAACAUUCCAGGCGUCAAGCUUUCAAGUUCGGCUCCAGAUCAGAAUGUAACCUGA